AUGGUUGGCAUCUUGGCUGUCGGCCUUGGCACAAUCACAAUAACAUUAUCCUCCACAAUCGCAGCGGAUUUUCACUCGUUGGCCCUCAUAUCAUGGCUUGGGUCAGCUUACCUGAUUGCUCUUGCCUCGACACAACCCAUGAGUGGAAAGCUGACAGACGUGUUCGGGCGACGCUCCGGCUUUAUCUUCUGCUUGAUUCUUUUUGCUUGCGGUAAUCUAUUCUGCGGUUUGGCUACGACCAAAGCAAUGAUUGUCCUAGGUAGAGUAGUGGCCGGUAUUGGUGGCGGAGGAAUCAAUUCCAUCUCAACCUUCAUUGCCUCCGACUUUAUUCCUCCAAGGCGCCGUGGAAUGUGGCACGGUAUCGCCAUGGUCGUUUACGCUUCCGGGUCUGGAUUUGGAGGUGUCUUUGGCGGGCUCAUCAAUGAGAUUUGGGGCUGGCGGUCCGCUUUUCUUGCUCUGACUCCUCUUACGGUCCUUUCAGGUCUCGGUGUAACCCUCUUCUUACCUGCUCGUGUCUCCACCAAACAGACAAGUCUUCGAUCACGACUAGGACGGGUUGACUUCGUCGGCUCUGCCGCCCUAGUUUCGGCUCUCGCCCUCCUUUUGGUUGGCCUCAACCAAGAGGACCUGGAUGCUGUAUCAUCGCACUACCGACUAGAGGUUCUUCUCCCUCUGGCAGCUGCAGCUUUUGUCGCCUUCGUGGUUGUCGAGCUCUACUAUGCCCAGGAGCCCGUCAUUUCUAUCAACCUCCUCAAAAACCGUACCGUAUUGGGUGCGUGCAUUGCUAGUUGGUUCACGUCAAUGAGCCUCUAUUCGCUGGUUUUCUAUGUGCCUCUUUACUUUCAACUCAGAGGCGCUAACACGAGUGAGACAGGCGUUCGUCUUCUACCCGAGCCCGUUGGUGGUGCCCUUGGCUCUUUCAGCUCAGGCAUCGUCAUGCGUCUUACUGGCAGAUAUGGUGUCUUGAAGACAGUCGUUCUUGCUACAUGGGUCGCAGGUGCUACAGGGUUUGCCACCAUCUCCAUGAAUAGUUCACUGGCCCUUCCGGAACUAUAUCUGUUCCUUGUUGGAUUCGGCCAGGGCGGUAACCUCACAGUCAUGUUACUGGCUCUACUCAGCUCGGUCAAGCAUGAGCAGCAAGCCGUCACCACGUCAAUUAAUUAUGCAUUCCGCUCUACUGGCGCAACGCUGGGCAUCACGGUAACCAGCGCCAUGUUUCGCAGGCUACUGACGAAUCGACUUGAGAACGUCGCCAUUCCUGCAGGCCUCGACAGUGAAAUUAGGACAGGUGGCCUAGGAGAUGUGCUCCAUCGGUGCAAGCACCCUGAGCAGGCCACCGAAAAGUAUUGUGGCCACCUGGCAGAUGGCUACAUGCAUGCUCUGCAUGGAACUUUCUUGCUUGCGAUGAGCUUGGCUAUUGCUGGUUUCUUGGCUGGAAUGGUGACCAAGAAUAAUCAACUGAGGACGAGUUUCGAGGAUGAUGAGGCAGCCCAUGCUACCCGGAUAAGCAGGGAUAACUCAUCCUCAUACAUCUUCGAAGACUGA